UGAUUUUUCCAUUCUCUCUCUCUCUCUCUCUCUCUCUCGCUCUCCUCUCUCCACUAUCAGCUUAUCUUGUAAGCUAAUCGUCCAUUGGACUGACUCCCGCAAGCGAAAACCAGGAGGUUCGGUGCGGUGACUGAGACCAACAAAAUGCCUCCAAGGAAUCAGUCAUUUGAGAAAAGAUAAUAUUGGGUUCAGCUUCAAUGGCUCGUCGACAAAUUCUAUCCGAGAUGGGUUAUGAUUUCACAAUCAUGUCUGCAGAUAUAGAUGAGAAAAGUAUCAGGAAGGAAACACCAGAGGAUCUUGUAAUGGCUCUAGCUGAGGCAAAGGCUGAAGCAAUUAUGUCAAGGCUCGCGAUUACUGACAAUUUAAAGGAAUUGAAACGACCCACACUGCUACUUACUGCAGAUACAGUACAAUUAUUUAUUCUUUUUGUCCUUGUUAUUUUUUACUGUUCAAUUUUUUUGUUUGAAAAAAGUUCUUGGUGGACAAUAAAAGCAUUGUGAAAAGGCUUAUAUGAGUCAUGUUGCUUGACUUGCAUCAUUGUAUACAAGGUUCUGUAUUGCUACUCAAUGGCAUAACUAUUUUCAAAUUCUUUUGAAUUGCUCCAUUCCAGUCUUCAAUUUAAUUCUAUCUAGAGUUCAAAACCGCCAUUAGCUUUGUACAAGGGUCAUUCUAAUUUUCUUGAUCUCAAAGUCUGAAUGUUCUCCUAAUGAAAAUUUAAAAAAAUGUUACUCCUAUUUUUGCCUCAUAUUUAUAAAUAGUCAAGCCACUUUUUCUCCACACAUUUUGACGACCCACAAGUAAUAUUCACUUAUCAACCACUUAUUUCUAUCUAUUUGUAAUUUAAACCCACAUGUUAGCUGCUAUGAACUUAUGACCUCCAUGCUAUUCCUUUGUGAGAAAAGAAUUACUGGACACGAACUUGUAUUUCAUUUGAUGGAAGUUUUCCAUCAAA